AUGCCCAACAUCAGGCAAAUCAAGGCGUGCAGUCGAUGUCGCCUCCUGAAACUCCGCUGCGACAAGACCAAACCGUCAUGCGAGAGGUGUAUCCGGGCCGGAACCAACUGUUCACUUCGCUUUGACGGUUCCGCGCAAACAGAAUCAGCAUCAAAUCCUCCUACCGCAGAGGGCACCGCCACCAGCAACGCCUCCGCGCGUUCGAGUUCCGAUCACUCGCCAUCUCCAAGUGAUAGAUCCGCGCCCUCAUCUGACACCGUCACCACCGAGAGAGAUCAGGGUUCAAAAACAUGCACAUACACUCAUCGGGUCGAGAAUGACUCGUCUGCAUCAGCGAGCGAUGCUACACCGGACAUUGGCUUUGUAGAGUCGAAAGAAGAUCCAAGAGACAUUUACACUUCAUGGCACGCGCGACGCCGAGGCACAACUCAUUGGAAAGCACUUGUACUACGCAUCGAGAGUUCUGCCCUCAAGAUCGGUCAUCUAUUUCAUCAUGCAGAAAACAUCCACUUGGUUCAUGUUGACUGUGCGACGGACAUUCUCCUUCCAAGCAACUUUCCCUUCAACAGCCCAGGUGCUAUCAAAUACUCGUCGCUCGACAAUGUCCGCAGUCUCAUCUGCACCUACCGUAACAACUACAUGUCCUUUGUCGACGCCUACUUCGCUCUGUACCAGCCUGUGCAUCCCAUCAUCGACCCUGCUCGCUUCAUCGAUGAAAUCAACUGCUUCUGGAACGACCCUUCAGAUAUCGACGUCUCCUGGCUAUCCAGCUUCCUCAUGGUUCUGGCAUUGGGCUGCUUCGCCGAGACACGGGAUGCGACGUCGACUAUCGAACUUUGUCUGGCAGCCGAGGCUUGCAUGGCCAAGACGCCGUUCAUGGUUCGGCCAAGCAUGUCAGUAAUGCGUACCAUGUGCCUCAUGGUCCUUGCUAAGCAGUUGGCCAAUGGAUCAUGCUGGUCCUUUGACGCCAGUUGGACGCUGCUCGGCAUCAUUGUGCGACUCGCCGUCUGUAUAGGCCUCCAUAGGCCGCCACUUGCUACUCCCGUUGAAGAGAAUGCGAUGACUCAAUCUGAUUGGCAAUCCAGUCAAAUCCUAUGGAUAACAAUAGUCUAUUUCUGUAUACAAACAGCGGCGAUUACCGCCAGAGUGAAUUCCAGCACCGAAAGGCCUUUGUACGACGAGAUACUCGGACACAACGCCGACAUGAGAAGGCUCAUGGCCACCACUUUGGAACACCCCGGCUGCAGAGGCCCCUUGCGUGCCGUCCUCGACAUUUUCUUCCGCCGCAUCUUGAUGGUCCUUCAUCGCUGCCACGCGUUGCGCCCGAAUGCUCCUACAUUGCAUCCAGUCUCGUACUGGGCUUCUCUUGAGUGCAGUCUGGCGAUCCUAGUGCAUCACCGAGAUUUCUGCGAGCACAUGGGAAAUCCCGAUAACCGCGACCUAUUAGGCCGUAUGUAUAAGCUCGACUUCUUUGCGGCUGCUCUGACCGCUGGUAUUCAUCUGCUGCUAGUAGAUGCAGUAGAUGCACCACUUGCAGAUGGAUUUUCUAUACCGCCUAGGCAGACAAUCCUCGAAACGCUCGAGACCUGCACAGAGAUAUGGGGCAGGGACGAGGAGAGAUCGAUCUGCUUCCGUGCCGGACACAGAUCAUUGACGCAAAUUCUGUCCAUGCUUUCUGAUAUGGACAAUACGAGCAAUCAUGAAUUGCCUCAUUCAUAA